UUUUAUAACUGUAAAAAAUAUAUAUCCUUUUCUUAAUUAGAAAUAAAUAUUUUCGUUAAAAGACUUUUUCCUCUUCAAAAUCGAUUUUAGGUGUAGACACUCACCACUAAACUGAAUUUAUUUUUAUUGCGAAUUAAUGGCGUAGCCAGCACCAUGUCGACCCUAACGAAAAUGACCCGCACGGUUAAAAAACUGGAGGUGCCAAGACCCCUGAAAUCGACGACCAGUUCCGCACACAACCGCAACUCUGUGUUGGACGUCAAAAUAAACUCUGUCGAUGACCUCAUAGUGUUGACAGAAGCGGUGGCGUACCAAAUGAUGCAGGGUAAUUAUGACCGUGCGCUUCAAAGUAAUGUGGCCACCAUGUACUCUAAUCUGAAGCUUUAUGGCGCUCAGCUCGAGGCCCUUUACAAGGACUUUCUUGAUAGAUACUUUGUUGUGUUCCGCAACGGUUCGCAGGACGAACGACUGGAUAAGAAAACUAGACUUCAUCUUCUUGAGCUGAUUGAGCUGCGCGCCAAACUCUGGCAGGGCUCCGACUAUAUGAGUCAAUAUUAUAGACACCGUGGCACCCAUGCUGAGCCACUACUGGUGCCGACGAUGGAGGGGUCGGGUUCGGGCGGCUCGGUGUCCCCUACGCUGGCUGCGCCCGCCGAGCCGCCCUCUCUUCUCGGCCCCGGCGAGAUCAUCAAGCCGUCGGGCAAAUUCCCUAAGCCCACCAAGAUCCCCGGCAAGAAUUACUCCAAGGACGAAGUCGUCAUUAGAAAUGCCGACUCUGGAAAAGUGAUGGGUAUCAAGGGCAGGAGGGUGCACAUGAUCGAGGAGCUAAGUGACACGAUUAUAUCGUUUCAGCGAGUGAGUCCCGGUGCGAAGGAGCGUCUCGUCCAGAUCACUGGGCCCAACGAGGAAAACGUGAACCACGCCAAGCACCUGAUCGGCGACACGAUCCGCCGCAACGCGUCCCCCGUGCGACUGGACGGCGCGAUGGACGCGCUGCCCGGCGCCGCGCUGGCUGGCUCGCGCGCCUCGCUCGACUCCAACGGAUCCGACGACGCGCCGCGCGCCCGCGAGAAAUCCCCGCACAAUGCCCGGGCUCUAUUGCAUAGUUACUCUACGAACGAUGCUGCAUUGGGAGAGUAUAAGUACACUGUGACUUUUGGACAACAUUCCAUUAAGAUCACGGGCCUUAAUUUGGAUCUUGUUAAGACUGCGAAGCUAGUGCUAGAUGAGUACUUCGAGAGCGCGGGCGCGCUGGAGGCGAUGGGCGCGGGGUCGGGCGACUUCUUCACGCUGUCGCAGCGCCCCGCCGCCGCGCUACUGCUGCGGGACGACGCCGCGCUCAACGGCGCCGACGAUGACGUCUUCCUCAACGACGACAACGCCGGCGCGGCGAGCGGGGCGCGGCAGACGUACUCGUACGAGACGCUGGUCCAGUACGCGGACUCGCCGCUGAGCAAGCUGCCGCCGAGCGGGCUGGCCGCGUUCCCGGCCGAGCUGGCGCGCAAGGUAACGCUGGGCGGCCGGCGGCCCGCGCCGCCCGCGCCGCGCGUGCUCACGCCCUUCCGCGUGUGGGCGCCGCUGCACCACCCCAACUACCUGGCCGCGCUGCUCUGCCGCAACUUCUACUAACCAGUCGCCGCCGCCCCUCCCCCGACCCUUGCACGUCUCGCGGCUUGCUUUGUUUCACCCGCCUCUCUAACCUGCAUGAUGGUUUGGUGCAUAUUACCCUUUCGAGUCAUUCUAUCGAAUCUCAAGGUACCUCCUUUUUAGUUAGGUUAGUCGAAAUUCCUAGUUCCGCGCGUCUCUCUAGCCGUCUCCGGGCUCUAGACCCGGCCCCCCAUUAGCUGAUUAAGCGUAAACGCUAGGUAUAAAUUAUAAGCGAUUCUUUAUUUAGGAAAUAUUGAUCUCAUUAGCUAAGUUGUAAGUUAAUUGGUAAGACUGACGCUAGUAUUAUGUGGGGAGUGGCCCCUGACAGAGUUCGGAGGUGGCGGUAAAUCAUAUGCCGCUAACAUUUCGAAUACUACGAUUGACUCUCUGUAGACUACUUGAUCUCAUGCUAACUUAAAGACUGAAUAAUAAUCUCACCAUUAUGGCACUGGAAAAUCUUUAUCGUUUUAGAAAAAAAAUAUUUUUCAUUAUUGAAAUAAUGAAAGAAUUUUUUAGUACUAGUAUAUAAAGGUGUUUAUUGACAGAAUAAUAUUGAUAAAUCUUUUACGCAACGUUAUUUACAUGAGUAAACAGUUUUGAAAGCUUUAUUAUGUGUUUAUUAACAAUGCUACUAAAAUUUGUGAUGUCUCUUUGUUCAUGCUGCUCGGACAGAAUGGGUAUUCGAGAGGGGAUCGCUACAGGUAGAAAGUGUUCGCCUAUUAACUUGAGUGAAGUUCUAAAUUGUCACUUGAUUUUGUUGUGUUCAUUUAUUGUUAUUGUUUUUAAUUUGAGUAAGCAUUUAAAUUAUCAGUGUUAUUUCAAUUGAUUGUCAAUUUAUGAUUUUUAAAUAUAAUAAUUUCAAAAUAUCUCGUCUUUUGCCUGUUCUCACGCUUACCUCCUAACUAACUAAUCCUUCUGAAUCUUUCUGCAUCUUUCUGCGGUGAUCGGGAUUUGCUCGUAAAUAACUCACAGCGCAGGCAGGUCGUCACAGUGACUAACACACACUCGCACCAUGUGAGCUAACACGGUGGGCGGUCGGAGCAUAAAUGUACCAGUCCGAUGUGUCCGACAGAGUUGCCUGGACUUCGACAGCGCCAGCUACUUGAAGAAGGUCCGCGCGGCGGGCGGCACGACGGUGGCGGCGGUAGACGCGCCCGACUCGCCUGAGCCCGAGUAAGGCACCUUCGGCCGUUCGCUCGCCGCACCCACACUGCACACUACUACAAAAUUGUUUAACGUAACGAUGUAUAGCUAACGUAGGCACGACGACUGACACAGUCCGCACGGCGAGCGAACUACUAGCACUUCCCGGCAGCUUGUGACCGGAGGCCGCUACGGACGUGCGCCGGCUUCUAUUGAGGCGACGGCACGGGCCGUCCGAUGUGUCCGUCCUUACGACUCUUUUAUUUUAGCGAGCUUCACUCUUUAAUCUAAUUUAGCAGACUUAUCUUAAAAGUAUUAGCACACCAAAAUAUUUAUUUUUAUAGUGGUGGAUAUACCGUACCUCAUUUUUGUGAAUAUUUAUUACAUAAAUUAGCUGUGGAUCUGACUACAUACGAAUAAUGUGAUAAAAAGAUAAUUAAAAAUGCAUGUAAAAGGCAAAUUCUAUGACUUGCACAAAUCCACAGUUUUACGUUGAUCUCCCAUCAAUGUUUCUUUUAAUUUCCAACGUAAAAUAUAACAUUCUGAACAGUACAUUUUGAUAAUGUCCACUUCGUCUUAUAAACAACAUUGAUAUUUUCAUUAUUUUGUUGUAUAUAUUGACUCUGUUAGUUUCGGAUAUCAUAGAGUGAUUCCAUUUAUUAUUAUAAGAAGAAUGCAUGCAUUUCUUUCGUGUGUUUGUAUACUCAUUUUCAGACUUUCUAGUGUCUAGUCCUGACGAGUAGAUGUCGAUUCUCACUAUAUCGUAAGCUUUUAUAUUUCCGAGGAAGCCUGCCAAUCAAUAUAUAAUUAUUAAAGGAAUUAGGUAUUAUGGUUUUUCUUUAUAUUAUUUAAAAUAUUGUUGUAUUAUUUUUGUUGUACUAUUAGAGCUUUUAAAUAAACUUGCUGUGCACUAAACCAAAUAAUUAUUGUAGUGAGUCCUAAAAUAUAUUACACUAACGUUAUUUUGAUUAAAUGGUUGCCAGGCUUUCUUAUUCUAAACGGUUUUAGUAAACGUGACUUGAAUAUUAGCGAUCCGAAAUAUGAUAUCGCAGUGAUAUAGGGUUUUAUUUCCAUGUUGCAAAAUUUAAAGUUUAUUAUUGUCGGCGGAACCGACAUAAAACAAUUAUGUCAUCACUCGUUCACCUUUUAAGUAAACUGAAAGUAUUAUAAAAUUAUUCUCGUUGCAGGUAUUACUUAAAAGACUAUAAAUAUGUUAUUUAAUUUUAUUUACUAGAGGCUAGCGAGUGAUGCUUCACAAUAACUUAUCUGCAGAUAAAAAAAUCUUUAAACGUAAUUGGUGCUUACUCCUUGGGGAAGUAUUAUCGUUGAAUUUGUAAUUAAAGAUUUAUGUUUACACAUUUGUUUUUAUAUCAUAGACGUAUGGCUAUAAUUGUGAAAAUUGAUAUACUAAAUUUUCUAAUAUAGAA